ACCCGUCGUUGGUGAUGCGUCUUACCCACAACACUUCGUGUAUAUCGUUGUCAGCCUUGGAGCAACAGCCUUCUGGCUCAUCUGCUGCAAUCUUCCCACCUUCAAUCUCAAGAUCCACACAACGACGGCCUGAACCACUUGAAGAUCAACUUUUGAUGAACAUGCAGAACGUCUCAAUCUAUACGACUAACGACCUGGAUCUCGCAAGCCUUGGUAUUCAAUCAGUAACAAUGACUGGAAACCCAUGGCAACCAAACUCAUUAUCAUUUGGAUCAGUAUCAACGAAUGGAUUCACAGGAUCUGACACCUCUUCUGCACCGAUGUCACCCAUCUCUUCACCUGGACUUAGAAAACAUCAUCUGCAAGGGAAUGGAUUCCAUCAACAACAUCAAAAGUUUAAUAAUAAAAAUCAAACACAUCCUAACCAUUUUCGUAAUAAUCGUGGCAAUGGAGGACAUCUGAAUGGACAUCAACAAAAUAUUCAAAAUAGUAACCGAUCUGGUUAUAACAUGGGAAACAACAGUCAACAUACAGUAGUCCCAACGACAAGAACCAUUCGAACAGUUGACGAACACAAACCAGGAAUGAGAGAUCUUGGAUACUGGCUGAAAAAGUUGCGACUCCAUAAAUAUGCUCCUCUCUUCCAAGACAUGACAUACCGACAACUUCUCUCAUUGAAUGAUAAUGUUCUUGAAAGAAUGAAGGUCACCAAUGGAGCCCGUAAGAAGAUUGCACAGUCCAUUGAGAAGCUUUACGAACGACCGGCUCUUUUGAGAUCUCUUGAACAAAAACUCAAAACUGGAACUCAAUGUGUUCGAUGCGCGAUUUGCUCGGUCCGACAACUUCUUUGGAGUCCAUUUAUCAAGUAUGAUGUUGGAACACGCAAGACUUCCACAGAUAUCAUUGAUGGAUUUAAUGUUCCAAGCAAUAUGAUUUCCGAUGAUAAUCUUCCUGCUCUUAUCUAUCGUGUCAUUGAAACUCUUAAUCAUAUGAUUUUUCCACUUCGAAAGGGACUCAUGGAUUUUGAAGAUGAAUACUUGUUGACUAUGUUCCAUAUGUUUGAAAGUGUCAUGAAAAAUGAGAGCUUCACUCCAAACCAACAACGACGAGCAUUCUUAAUGAAGAAAAACGCGAGGAGCUACGCAAAUCCAGAAGAAAUUCGCCGUCAUCGAAUGGGAAUGGUGUCCAGUUCACAAUGUGAAGGAUGCCACCAUGCUGAAGUAGUCAAUCGAGAAAGAUUAAUGGAACUUCAAGAUCGUCAAGUACGACAAGCACGUGGUGAUCUAGUGGGUCUGCCUACUCUUUCAUCCUGCAGUGCUCUCUUGGAUAUGAAUGCUCCAAAAGAGAAUGCUCGUUUCGAAUUCAAUGUUCCACCUGUAACUACAGCUCAACGAAUUCAAAAACGACCAGCACGUAUUGAAGACGACGAAUGGCUUGCUACCAGUGGAUCUCCAAAGAUAACUGCAGCUUCUCCAUCUGAAACAGUUCUUUUUGAGACUUUGAUUCUUCCACAAAUGAAGGAUAAUCACUUUUGGGCCAAUGCAAGAAAUAUUUGGGGACACGAUUUAAACAUGCCAUCCACGUCUCUUGGACUCCCUCUUUUCCAAGAAUCGGAUGACGAUAUUUUCAAGUUGCAAAGUGAAAGUGUGGAAGGACCAUAUAACUUUUUAAAAGUUAUGUCAACAGAAAAGCCACCAAAGGAGCCAUCACUAUCUGAUUUCAACUUCCCUGAAUCAGUAUCAUCAUCGAAGAAAGCCAACUCAACGGGUAGUGGUUACACAUCAUCAGACAGUGAUUCAAUAAUCACAUCUCCUUGUGCUUCAAUCAUUGCUGAUGAGAGCCUAUUUUCAUCCGUGUACGGUGUCAAUCAAGUAUUGUGCCCUUCAUCAUACCCAGUUGUGUAAUAACCCCAUCUUUCAAUUUACAAAAAUAGGUUAGCCAUGUUGUCACAUGAUUAUCAUUUUUCGUCUUUUUUAUUUUAAAUAGAAUUUCUUCAGAAAAGUUUGAAGUAAAUGUUUUAAUUUCGGCAAUAACUUUUCUGGAGAAGUUUAAUCAAAUUUCCACAAAAAUGUAUCAAUACCCCAAAUCCCAAAAAAUCGGUGAAACAUACUUCAUUUGUAGGCUUUUUUCAUUUUCAGUUUUGUAAAUGUUACUAAAUUAAAUAGUUCGCUUCCAUGACACACAAAAUUUGUGUUUUUUCUUUUUCUCAUUUUUUUCUCAAAUUGCCUUUUAGUUGCAUAGUUCAUGUAUCCAUACUGUAUUCAUUAAACCGUAUCCAUAUAUACCUCUAAACAUCUCUUCAAAUACCUCUUAUUCUUUUAAUUCAACUACUCUCACUCCUGCGUUCGUUUUAGAACGUCUUUUUUAUUAACAACAUCCCUAGAUCUUUCCAUGUUAGUAUUACACUUUGUGGAGCAAUGCCCUUUCAAUUUUCUUUCCAUUUUUUUUUGUUUAUUAUGUUCUUUUUUGUCAACUCACCGAUUUCCUGUUUAUCUGAAAUUUCUGCAAUUUCUCCUAUACUAAUCAUUACAUUUUCCAUACAAAAAUCCCGAUAAGCUUUCCAUUAUCUGUUCACUUUGACCCAAACAAAUCCCGCUGCACUAUAGUUGCCUUCAAGAAUUUAAAUCCCUUUCAUAGAAUAUUCGAAUUAGAAAUGUAUCAACUCCCUCCUUGAUCCUCUUGCCACUCAUUCAUUUUUUUCUGCACCGCCCAUGCGCGUAGUGCCGUGCUCUCAGCGAGUCCGGUCAUUUGCUCAAUCUGCUUUUCACCCAUUGGAGUCACCCGUGGAUCUGUUCCCGGGUUCCAUGACAUUUUGUACCGAAUCAUGUGCUUUUUUCUACAAACUUUAUACAUAUAACUCAAGUGCCUUCAAAAAUCUCUUAUCAAAACCUACUACUAUUUCAUUCGUUUUUUUUUUUCAAAACUGAGAACCGUCAGAUUUUCAAUAAACACAAUAAAUCGUGAGAAUGUUG